GCCUUUCAAAGAUGGCCGCCACCAAUGUGACGAGCUGAUGAUUCUUCUGUCAAAAACCCAAUAAAUAAUAAUUGUGCAAAUGUUUGGAUUGUAUUUAUUGUUAAAUCAUCGUGUGGAUAAUCGACUGAAAAUUGUUUUCAAUGAUUUAUCGAUUGGAAUGACUAUCAUCUGAUCUCCAAACGAAUCGAAAAUAACCACUGAUUUAUUCGUGAAUAAAAUGAAUUUGUCAGGUUGAAUGGGCUUGGAGGAACCUGAAGACGAGUACAAUGUCGCGAUCGUCAGGCCAGUGCGAUCAGGCGGCAUCUUACAUGGAUGGUGUCCAGGUGAAGAUAGCAGAGGCCUACAAGCCCCCGAGAAAAUUCGGAUUGCCUGCGGCAUACAACAAUAAAUUCCCGGAUGUCUCCAAAUACGAUUACGACUUCAGUCUAGAGAGAUCGGUCCUGGAGAAGGUCACAGAAUUGCGUAAAGCCAGACAGGCAAAUGCCGAGGCGCGAAGGUCACGCCUGGAGAGGAGGAGAAAACGAGAGCUAGAGUCGACAACCCCAUCGCCACCAUCUCCAGACGAUGCGAUGAUUCCACUGCCAAUUAAAGUGGCACCAGCACCAGAGACAACUAUUCUCACGCCUCAGCCUUUGUCACCGCCUCAUAGUGAUCUCCAUAAUAUUGAUAUUCACGUUAAAUACAAUAGACUUAAUUACGAGGACUUUUAUAAUGAUACGAGCAGUCCCUUUGAUAACGUCGAGCUGAAGACGAUCAACGAUAUGGAGGAGCUUGCCCAGGUGUUGCAGUCCAAUUCCCAGUGGACACCUGCGCCAAAAAUAGAGAGCAUCCUCAAGGAAUUGAGCAUCGAGGAGAGCCCAGAGGAGAAGAAGGACGAGAUCGAGAAUAAGGCUGAUGAUAAUUACGAUAAACCACAGGGGAGUGAGUGCAGAAAUAUUUCCAUUAUUGUUGAGGAGCUGCAGAGGACUCUUCAGGAUAGACCCUGCAUGGAUAACUGGAAGCCAUGGCCAGAUCUGGAGAGUCCAGACCCAGAGACAACUCCGGAGUUGAAAAAAUCACCACCUACUGCCCAGAGUCCCUCGACUCUACCAAAUCCCCUCGCUGAAUUAUCAGAAUCCGAUCAAAAACUUGCGAAACACCUCAAGGAUAUGGGAUUUCCACUCUCAAGGUCAGCCAGGGCAAUAAAAAAUCUAGGAAGCGCGGACAACAAAAAAGUCGUUGAGUAUCUUCUGGCUAUUCAGUCCCUGGAGGAGUCUGGAAUAUCUGGAGAUGAUGCUGAAAAGGCUAUGGAUGUAGCUCAACACGAUCUGGAGAUGGCGAAAAAAUAUUACGAGGACUUGUCAACACUCAAGGACUUGGGAUUCCCUGAGGAUGAGGCAUCCAAGGCUCUAGUCAAGUGUCACAUCGACAGGGACAAAGCUCUCGAUUUUCUCUGUGCGUAACGAAUUUUUAUAUAUAUUAAUAAAUUAUAGAGGACGGUCUAAUGUUUCAGUCGAUCGAUCGAAAUUUAUCUGUGAAGAUGAUUAAAAUUCAUAAUUAUUUUUUACUAUUCCACGCACGUGAAAAUUUAAUAGAAAAAUUGAGAUAAUUUUUAUAUUAAAAUUUUUCACACGCGUCUUCCUGCGAAAAUCGAUUCGAAUAAUUAGGAAAAUUCAUUUUUUAAUGUUUCAUUGAUAUUGUUGGAUUGAAUUAUAACUGUUGUAAUUAUAUUCAAAAGAUAUUUUGCCAGAGGUAUCAUUGAACAAUAAUAUUAAUAAAAAAUCUAUUCGGUUAUUCCAUUUCGUUAUAAUUUAUUGAUUCAACGUGGAAGGGCAAUGAUUUCCUCAACAAUUUCAAUAAAAUACAUAAGUUCAUUAGUCUCUAAGGCUGAAUCGAUAAUAUCGCUUUGCAUUUGUACAUUUUGGUGACAAUCUUGUAUAUAAAUAAAUUCCUAAACAUCAAAAAAUCAA